AAACCAGCAAUCUUGAGUUUUCAGCAUUGUGCUGCUUUGAAACAGGGCCAAUGGAGUUUGUCCGUCUUUUUCAGUGACUCUGCCCCUGAAGAUCCACCGAACUGGCAGAAACUUGUGACGCUUGGCGAGGAAACAAUAAACACUCCAGUGUUUAGUCAAGUGGAUGCACAUCAAUGCCAUCUUGCUGUGGGCCAGCUGGGCCAUUACGCUUUAGUUGGAGAAUCUGCUUGUCCUAGUGGCGGAAAUAAUCCAGCCACAAAGACCCUACGCUUAGCAGUGUUCUCUCCUCUUGCUGCCAACCAACACUCACUUGAGUACGGUCUUCGAUGCUACGUGCUGGACGAUACGAUCGCCGCUCUAGAUGCGGUUAUUUCGCUGGAACGACGAAUGGGGGGCCGGCUGGUGGACAAAGCAAAGUCCUUCUACUUUCAGGACGGUGGAUUUCCCCUCUGCCUUGGCCUAGAUGAACUGAGCACCGGGUGGAGACUGGUGCAACGUGAAAUUCACCAGGAAGUUCCAUUCUCACAAGUGUGGAGUGGCCGAAGGUUCGAUCUUCAUUGCGCUUUCACAUUGGAACGGGACAACCGCCAGGUCAAUAGUCUGAGCUGUCGGAUAGCUGCACACCAGCCAGGAUCUCCUCAUCGUCAGUCAAUUCGCAUCGCCCUUGCCGAUUUGAAAAUGUGCGUCGGUAAAGUGCCGUCCAGUCCCGGACUACCACGAGCCUUGCGCUCCCUGACUGUCAGUAGUAAUGGCAGUGCUGCAUCGUCUUCAGCAGCCAGCCACCUCACAACGUUGGAUCCCAAAGCGCCCGUCUUCCGCCUCCAACCAUCCGUUCGACGCCAACUUUGCCAACUCCUUGAUCCACCGAAUGCGCGAUGUAACGAUUGGCGAUUACUGGCACAGCGAUUGAGUGUUGACAGGUACAUUAACUACUUCGCCACCAAAACUAGUCCGACCGAACACAUACUCGACUUGUGGGAGGCCCGCCAUCGCGAAUCGAGCGCCGUUACGGAUCUGCUCAACAUUCUGCGAGUCAUGGGACGCCAAGAUGCCGCCACCGUGCUGGAACGUUGUGCUGGAGGACCCUGGAUGUAGAAAGAAAAUAAUUCAACCACGCAGUGUCAUUGGAAUCGGCGAUCUGGCGCGCUUGUGAUAUGCAGAAUUUUCGGCCUUAACCCGCAUAUUUCUUUCGAGAAACUUCACCCCCUCAGUCCUGAUACCUAGAACUUUUGAACCCCAGCAGCCGUAUAUCUUUUUCACAACUUUCACAAUUUCGACAUAGAAGUGAUCUCGCGACUGGCAAAGACUAUUUCUUACUUUUCCAAGUCUUAAUUUGAACUGCCCUGGUGGAAUAGUGCCUCAUCGUCUCCCCAAAA